AUCCGUUUGUUCUAACAGCAAAAGGAAAAAUCAACGAUUACUCUUUCACAGCUUUACAAAAGAAGAUAAAAAUAUCCAGCGCUUGAUAACAUCAGUAAGAAGAGAGAAACAGGACAAAUGUUCUGUCACUCCCUCAUCAGCUGUGUUAGAAACCUCAUCGCAUCUGUGGAAACUGAUUUUUAAAAACAUAUUCCAGGUCCGGAAUGAAAAUACAGUUGCACCACACCGCAUCUCGUGUUUGUUCCACGCGUGAGUGAAGGACGGAAAUCAAGAGAACCGUUUGAUCAGCUCACUUCAUUAGUGUUAUUGAACGAGAUCAGCUGCUGUUCUUCAUAAGAAUUCAGGUCUAUUGUCUGUGAUCAUCAGCUGAUCUUCAGGAUGGUGUUCUUCACGUGUAACGCCUGCGGAGAGUCGUUGAAGAAAGCUCAAGUGGAGAAACACGUGCUGAUGUGUCGUGGAUGUCGGGUGUUGUCCUGCAUCGACUGCGGGAAAGAUUUCGGGGGCGACGAUUACAGGAACCACAUCAAAUGCAUCAGUGAAGAUCAGAAAUACGGAGGGAAAGAUUUCCAGGCGAAAGCCAAUAAAGGCGACAUGAAGCAGCAGCAGUGGAUUCAGAGGAUCCAGGAGGCCAUGAACAGACCCGGCGUUGAGUCCAGACUGCGUCAGGUUCUGGAUCAGGUCAGCUCGUACGAUAACGUGCCCAGGAAGAGAGCAAAGUUUCAGAAUUGGAUGAAGAACAGUCUGAAGAUACACAACCUCAGUUUAGUGGAGCAGGUGUGGGAGAUCUUCUCAUCCUCUGCCAGCAGUGACGGCAGCCAUCAAACAAACAGUGAACCAGACGGAUCCACUGAGAGUCAGACAAACCUCAAGAACGGAGCUGACGCCGAGCUGAACGAAGAAAACAACACAAGCAAACGAGAGAAGAAGAAACACAAACGAAAGAACGACAUCUCAGAACAGAACGGAGAAAACACCUGCGACAAACAAACCAGAAAAAAGAGAAAACGACAAGAGAAGGAAGAAAAGAUGAGCAAGAAAUCAAAGCAAGACGAGGUUGACCAAUCAGAGAGUCUUAACCCUGAGGGGGAGGAGUCAGUGAAUCAGGAGGCGGAGUCUGAAUCAAACUCUAGAGGGAAGUUUAAUUGGAAAGGGACGAUAAAAGCUGUUUUAAGAGACGCGCCUGAUGAAGGACUCGCUGUCAAAAAACUCCGUAAGAAGGUUUUAGCUGCAUAUUAUUCAUUCAGCGGAGACACAAACUUCCGGUCAGAAGAAGAGCUGCUCUCUCUGUUCAACAAGAAGAUCAACAACAACCCAAAGUUUAAAGUUCUCAAAGAUAAAGUCAGGCUCGUCAAAUAAUCACUGUUGUUGUAUUUUGCUGUAAUAAACACUGAUCAAUCAGAUCUGUGCAUCUGUCAACAGCUGAAUGACUUUUAUUUGUAUUGUUGUAAGAUUUACAGCUGUUCAGUCCUGACGUCAGUUUGAACACCGACAUAGAAGAUUCAUUUACCACGAGUUAACGCUUUUAUUUUUCCCAAAUUCUGUGUUUCCGUUUGUUGUUUUUUCUUAAUUCCGUGUUUUAAAGUCUAAUAAAAUUUUAUCAUAAAAAACUGUCUAAUUAAAAUGAAUUCAUUGAAUUUUAAUCAGAUGAAUAUAUAAAUAUAUUAUUUGUAUAAAUGAAGUGCUUCUGCACCGCAUAAUCCAAAACACAAUACUGCAGUUUUAUUCAGUGUAACAGCACUCUUGCCUUUGAGAUAUUACUUAUAAUAUAAUUAUUUAAUAAUAAUCAUCAUUUAUUACUACAUUUUACUACACUAGUAGAAAUAUAUUUCUGUUGCAGUUCUUUCAAGAGUCUAGUUAAAUUGAGCUUUUAUUUUGGCGAAAAACUGAAUGAAGCAUUAUCAGUUUGUAUGUUUUUAUUAUUAUUAUUAUUUAUUUUGCCAUAUCCAUUACACCACUAUAAUAAUUAAAUUAACAAACCGUUCCCUUACCCAUACAGAUAUAUUAUAUGAGCAAACGAUAAUAACGUUUGUAUGUUUUUAAUAAGCAGGUCACUGUAAGGAUUUAAAGUGCUUAUUAAAACCUCAAAAGUCUGUAAUUUAAUUAUAAAAUAUAUAGUCUGCAUGUGCUGCACGCUUUAAGCUUACUGUGCGCUCUUCUGUCUGUAUUAUAAACACUGAGCGUGUGUGAUGUUCAUGAUGACGUGUUUAUGAGCAGCUUCACACAUUCACUUUAAAGUGUGCAGCACAUGCAGACCGUGUAUUCAUUAAAUCUCAACCUUUUGUGCUUUAACCAUCACACUAGCACAUAUCAUGGUUUUAAUGGGAUUAAUUGAGCGUUAACACAUGCAUUUGUAUCCCAAAAUAGUUGACAUUCCGCGUUUAAGAGUUAAUUCUGUUUCAUGACUGUAUUUUCUGCAUAAUCUCAGAAUCUCCUUUGUGCUUUAUAGUUUUAUUACACUACAGAGUCAAAUAAACUCAUCUUCUGGAACAUAA